GGACAGUGGUAAACGGAGGGGGUGGUGUUUGGUAAGGGGGAGUGAACGAUCGAGGGGAACAAUCUGCGCGAAUCUGGCCCUUUAAAUUGCACAUUCACCGUAUUCGGAGCAGAAGAAUACAACACCUGAUCAGAACAACUAACAUCAGCAUACAGCUUUCUCUCCUGGUUGCAGCUUCAUAACUGAUGGCAGAGAAUGUCGACGAAUAAUAACAUAGCCCAGGCCAGGAAGCUGGUGGAGCAGUUGAGGAUUGAGGCGGGGAUCGAGCGCAUCAAGGUGUCGAAAGCUGCUGCCGACCUCAUGAGCUACUGUGAGCAGCACGCCCGCAACGACCCCCUGCUGGUCGGGGUGCCCACCUCGGAGAACCCCUUCAAAGACAAGAAGCCCUGCAUCAUCCUAUAGCCGCACUCCGAAACCCUCCUGUCCCUCCCCGACCUAACAGGCGCCCAGUUACAGUCAGUGGGCACAAUUCAAACAGUACUUUUUACUCAGAAAAAAAACACACUCUGGAAAAAAAAACUAAAAUGCCACACUCUCUUGAUAAAGGCGAAGGGGCAAUAUCUGUCUCAGCAUCACGCAGCCCGGUAGUUGAGUGCAUCUCUGUGAAGGAAUGUACACAUUUGUGCAGAAUACCUCUGGCUGCUGUCUACAGUACAUUUAUCCACACAGAUGUACUUAACAGGGGGAUGGCAGAUUUGAGAAUCUCACAAUUUUUAAAAAAGCUAAAUAUAGAGAAAAAAUAUUGUGACUGAGCGAUACACAGCAUGUUUUUCAGUCCAGAGUGGACCAUGGGUUGAUGGACGGGUCUUGUGACGAGGUUUUAUGGUGCGGGGUGAGCGUAGAGGAGAGAAAGUUGAGGGACGUCGUUGUGGCAUGAGUUGACGGAAUAUGCUGACUGUCUAGCUGGCUAGCCCAGUCACACUGUGGUUCUGGUUAUUCAGUGUUAAUGAUUAGUUGUGUUCUUUUUUGAAAGUGGCUACUUGUAGAUUUGUAUGGCCAAAUAUGAAAAAAAAUUUAAAAAACAUAUUGCGGAUACAUGCUUACCUUUACUGCAACAGCACAUUUUAUGAUUUACAAAGGGAUUCAAGACUUUAGGCAGAGAUGCCAAUAUUUUUGCCAAUAUUUUUACAGUGUUCUCAGUCAAGUUAUUACUUUAAACUCUUUUAAUUGGAUCCAUUGAACAAUAGAUUUUGUUUUCAAUAUUUUUUGUUUUUGUUACUAACCUUGGAAAGACAUACCUACUUAUAUGAUACCAUGAAAGCACUAUAAAGAAAUGAAUACCCCUGAUUUAAAUGUCCUCCUAUUCACUGAUAAUGAGUGGUAUUAAAGUAGUCUAUAGUACGGCCACCAUUUACUUGAAACAUAAAGCUUUUCGGCUUAUGUAGAUGUGAUAACAGAAGGAUAGGCAAGGAAACCUGUAAUACAUAAUUGAAGAAAAAAUAUUACUGUUGAGUAAUUCUCAGAGUAUUUUGAUGAAGAAACCGAAUUGUAUGUACCACACGCCAACACAAGAACGAGUCUGAGAAAAAAAAUGACUCGUCCAGGCAGAGGUUGUUGUUCUUCUCUGAAACCAAACUUGAUUGUAAAAUCCAUGAAGAAAAAAAGGAAAGAAAACAAUGUAUAAACUUUCUUUCAAAGUGUUACCUUUGAGAAUAGCUGUUUGGAUUUGUUUGGUGAAACUUCUUCUUUCUAUGGACUCUAUGGAAUGGGAGUCAUUGAGUGUGAUGCUGUACAGUGUUUGAUAACUAAAGCGCAUUCAUUUUCUCUGGAUGUUUUAUCUUUUGUAAUUUUUGUGUAAUAUUUCUGUUUCUUCUCAUCGACCAUGUUUAACAGUUCUGUUUGUUAUUGGGAAGGGAAAAUAUCUGGAUGGGCUCUGCGUCUGAGAGGAAAGAUUAGAUCAAUACGUUCAUUACCUCCACACUCAACAGCAUAGUGGUCAGACACUCCUAGUCAGUGAACUCAAUCUCCACCUGCUCUACCCUCUUGAAAAAUGUAGCGAAUGGAUCGAGUGCAUUGCCAGUCUAUAUUACCUGCAUGAUAUGAGUGAACAGUUCUGUACGCAGGUCCAAUGUUCACAGAUAUCUAGCCCAACACUCUUCCAAGCUGGGGUGUGUUGUGGUCCCAUAGCCAAUGGUGUCAAGGGCAGGAUGUCAUGUUACAAAACAAGACACACGCCUGGUUUUAUCACUCGAGUAGCACAUGCUACAACUGUACGGAACAAUAAGGUCAAGGCACACAGUGUCAGUCAUGAAAGGGCGGUAUGUGUGUGUGGGUAUGUGUGGGUAUGUGUGUGUGUGUGUGUGUUUGUGUGAGCAAUAGAGAGGGUCAGUGGGAGCAUUGUCUGCCUGUGGGCAGCCUGACCGACAGCACUGAAUUGGCUAAAAAUGGAGUCAGAUGAGUUCAGCUUGCCAGUCAACACUACCGCAGAACUUGGUUGGGUUAACGUUCAAUAGCAUUAUGCUGUCAGUCCCUCGCCUUUGUGCUAAAAAUGGCACCAAGUAAGGCUCUGGGCUGUGGUCACUGCGGAGAGAACAACAGUCCCAAGCCCCUAUAGAAAAUGAGCAUGAUUAGUCGCCCCUGCGCUCCCCGUGGAGUGAGUCAGAGAUGGGGAGAAGUCACAAGACUACUCUGCUGAUGAUGAGUCAUACAGUGGUGUGUCUCGCGCACCUGUCCAUCAGCUGAUAGUUGAAGGACUGUUUAGUGGAGGAGGGAGUAGAGGACUGUCUGUUUUGACUCCAGCACAUGUCUUGGUUGGUACUCGCAGCACAGGCCUCUCUUAGUCCACGUGUGCAAAGAAAGAGAAGGCGCUCCCCAAAAGGAAACACCAUGGUGUCAGACUUCUCCCAUUAGUUCGGGCUAUAUUGAAAUGAAUGGAGCGAUUGCAUUGUCAAGGCUCUCCCCACGUGGGUCAGGAAGGGAGAGAAAACUGAGUUGGGUGACACAGUUUUGCGUGCGAGAGAAGAGAUUUGUAGUGUAGCUGAGGAACGCUUGAGCAGAAGCUGUACUGUGCCUUGUAGAGGGGGGGGGGGACACAAUUCUGUAGUUCUUAUUCAGUUAAAGGGACAUGUCAGUUGGGAGAUAUCACCACGCAGACACAUAUUAUUUAGCUGCAUUUCGGCCUGUCUCUCUAAAUAAAAAAAUGUAUACAAAGAAAUUGCCUCCAGUCAGUAAAAAGGUGAUUUUAUGGAUGUGCAACAACAGUACAGUCAGAGUGUACAAACUGCAUUUCCUAACUCUUAUUCAGCCAGGUUGGUUCUUUGCAAGUAACCAAGCAAACUGAUGAGUCCUUGUACCAUUUCCAGAUGGUAUUACACUGGAGUAAACACUGUGAACGUACGUACGGAGCAUUUCUGAGGAGGACAGUUUCCAACCUCUUCACCAGCAAUGUGUGCAAGGGGGCCCACUGUGCUGAGUGUCUGUUAGCGUUACUUUAAGUGCCAGAUUCAGCAUUGCCUAAAGUCCUCCGUCAGUACCAGCCCAUGGACAGCCGAGAUAUCUCCACACCAUCAUCGCUAUUCUCAUUGGGGGCUUGCUAGGUCGUGGAGUUUCCUGUGUCAUAUCCCGGUGUUAGCACAGAGGAGUUGCCAUUCUUUUAGUCACACUUAACGAGAACACAAAAAGGUGCUGAGGUACCCUAGCCGUGACGUCGAGACCUCGAUCCCUCAAUCCGCAUGUUCUUGUCCGCCAUUUUUAAACACGGAGUGCAUUCACAAGAGCUGAGAGGAGGCUUUAUGUGGGUAAUAUCUUUAGCCAAGUCGUUAGCCAGUAGAAUCCAGUCUCAGCCUGAGUCAUGAUUUUGGGUUAUUUCCUGUGUAUGCAUACGUAUCUUUCUUGCCUUGAUUAUGAAGAAAUAUAUCUAUUUUUUGUAAUUGUUCUUCUCUUAUGUGCCAUAACUCAUGUUUUCUUGCACACUGUUAAUAUUUUGUGGAUAUUGCUGUUUAAGAUGAUAUCAAAACGUAGACAAAAGGAAUAAAGUUCAAAUGUAACUGCA